GAUAGCAGCAAAACAUCGAUACCAUCAAUAGUGCCCUCGCUGGUUUGACAGUUGUGCAGAAAUUUAUUUAUUUAUAUUAAAAAACAAUAGAAAUCGGUAAUCAGGCGUUGAUUUUGAGGCUGCAAAGAUGGGUUCGUUGUUCCGUAGCGAGGAGAUGGCUUUGUGCCAGCUCUUCCUACAAAGUGAGGCUGCCUACGCGUGCGUAUCGGAGCUGGGCGAACUAGGCCUGGUGCAGUUCCGUGAUCUCAAUCCCGAUGUGAACGCCUUCCAGCGCAAGUUCGUCAACGAGGUACGCCGCUGCGAUGAGAUGGAGCGUAAGCUGCGCUACUUGGAGAAGGAGAUCAAUAAGGAUGGCAUACCCAUGCUCGACACGGGCGAGAGUCCCGAGGCACCACAGCCCCGUGAAAUGAUCGACCUGGAGGCCACCUUUGAGAAACUGGAGAACGAGCUGAGGGAAGUCAACCAGAAUGCGGAGGCAUUGAAGCGCAACUUUCUGGAGCUGACCGAACUGAAGCAUAUUCUGCGCAAGACUCAGGUCUUCUUCGACGAGUCGGUGCCCACGGUGUACAAGUCGAGUGCUCCCACACAUUCAUCCAACAAAUAUCGGCGCCUUCUGCAGAUGUCCGACAAUCAGAACGAGGAUGAGCAGGCGCAGCUGCUGGGCGAGGAGGCGGUGCGUGCCAGCCAGCCGGGCCAAAAUUUAAAACUUGGCUUUGUGGCUGGCGUUAUACUGCGCGAACGUUUGCCGGCCUUCGAGCGGAUGCUGUGGCGCGCCUGUCGAGGCAAUGUGUUCCUGCGCCAGGCCAUGAUUGAGACACCGCUGGAGGAUCCCACAAAUGGCGAUCAGGUGCACAAGUCGGUGUUCAUCAUCUUCUUCCAGGGCGAUCAGUUGAAGACGCGCGUCAAGAAGAUCUGCGAGGGCUUCCGUGCCACACUGUAUCCGUGCCCCGAGGCCCCGGCCGAUCGCCGUGAAAUGGCCAUGGGUGUGAUGACGCGCAUUGAGGAUCUCAACACGGUGCUGGGCCAGACGCAAGAUCAUCGCCAUCGUGUGCUGGUUGCGGCCGCCAAGAACCUGAAGAAUUGGUUCGUGAAGGUGCGCAAGAUCAAGGCCAUCUACCAUACGCUGAAUCUCUUCAAUCUGGAUGUGACACAGAAGUGUCUGAUUGCUGAGUGCUGGGUGCCGCUGCUGGAUUUCGAGAUCAUUCAGCUGGCCCUGCGGCGUGGCACAGAGCGAUCGGGCUCGUCGGUGCCGCCGAUUCUCAAUCGAAUGCAAACGUUCGAGAAUCCGCCCACCUAUAAUCGGACGAACAAGUUCACGAAGGCCUUUCAGGCCCUGAUCGAUGCGUAUGGCGUGGCCAGCUACAGGGAAAUGAAUCCGGCUCCAUACACGAUCAUCACGUUCCCCUUUCUGUUUGCCGUGAUGUUCGGUGAUUUGGGCCACGGUGCCAUAAUGGCAUUGUUUGGCCUUUGGAUGAUACGCAAGGAGAAGGGGCUGGCCGCCCAGAAGACGGACAACGAGAUAUGGAAUAUAUUCUUUGGCGGUCGCUACAUCAUCUUCCUGAUGGGCGUUUUCUCCAUGUACACGGGCCUGAUCUACAACGAUAUAUUCUCCAAGUCGCUGAACAUCUUUGGCUCCCACUGGCAGAUGUCGUACAACAAGUCAACGGUGAUGGAGAACAAGUAUCUGCAGCUCAGUCCCAAGGAGGAUUACGAGGGCUCGCCGUAUCCGUUUGGCAUGGAUCCGAUUUGGCAGGUGGCGGGCUCCAAUAAGAUCAUCUUCCACAAUGCCUACAAGAUGAAGAUAUCGAUUAUAUUCGGUGUGACACACAUGAUCUUUGGCGUUGUCAUGAGCUGGCACAAUCACACCUAUUUCCGCAACAGGAUCUCCAUGAUCUACGAGUUCAUUCCCCAGUUGGCAUUCCUUCUGCUGCUCUUCUUCUACAUGGUACUGCUGAUGUUCAUCAAAUGGAUUAAGUUUGCGGCCACCAAUGAGAAGCCCUACUCGGAAGCCUGUGCGCCCUCUAUACUGAUCACAUUCAUCGACAUGGUGCUGUUCAACACACCCAAGCCUGCGCCAGAGGGCUGCGAGCUGUACAUGUUCUGGGGCCAGCAUUUUGUCCAAGUGCUGUUCGUCGUGCUGGCCGUCGGCUGUAUUCCCAUCAUGCUGCUGGCCAAACCCAUGCUGAUCAUGCAGGCACGCAAAUUGGCCAACGAAGAGGUUCAGCCCAUUGCUGGGGCCUCAUCCGAUGCGGAGGUUGGUGGCGUGUCCAAUGGCGGACCAAAUGGUGGCGGCGGUCCGCACGAGGAGGAGGAGGAGAUGUCGGAAAUAUUCAUACACCAGAGCAUACACACCAUCGAAUAUGUCCUGGGUUCCGUCUCUCACACCGCCUCCUAUUUGCGUUUGUGGGCGCUCUCCCUGGCCCAUGCACAGCUGGCCGAGGUCUUGUGGACCAUGGUGUUGUCCAUUGGUCUGAAGCAGGAGGGCUGGUUCGGCGGCGUCAUAUUGACCUGUGUGUUUGCCUUCUGGGCCAUACUCACUGUGGGCAUUCUGGUGCUAAUGGAGGGCUUGUCGGCGUUCUUGCACACACUGCGUCUGCACUGGGUCGAGUUCCAGAGCAAGUUCUACAAGGGUCAGGGCUAUGCUUUCCAGCCAUUCUCCUUUGAUGCCAUCAUUGAGAACGGAUCUGCUGCAACCGAGGCCGAGUAGAGGAUCCCGCGCAAAGGAAGCAGCAACAGCGAUAACCAAAGCAUGCUGAGAGUCUCAUUGAGUUAUAUAAAUAACUAUCCACAUAAGCUGAUCUAUUUAAAUGGAAUUUAACAAAACGUAAAUUAUGUACGCUGUUCGCUUUAAUGUUCAAUAAUCGAGAAUUUACGUAUCUAUAGCCCCCCAAGUCCCAAGCACGUGUGUUUAAUGUUAGUACAUAAUCGAUUAAUGUUUCAUGUAGUUCGUCGUCUGCCGUGCUUAUUAUAUCUACUCAUAAAUAAAUAGCAUAGCGCCCGCUUAAGGGGUCAGCACCAAA